AUGUCAUCACCACAUUCAACUGCUCGUUAUUCGGCCUUCCGCCACACUGUCAAGGGUUCCAUCAUGGAAGGUGAGUCAAAAUCCACUCUAGACUAUUCCUGGAUCCCCCGGCUCGAUAGUCAUUUUGAAAUGUCAUGCAAUCUUGAGAAAUUCUCAAAUUUCAUAUCGAAUUUCGAAUAUUCCCACUUUUGUGCUCAUGUUAAGUAGAAACAGCAUCAGAACACAGAGCCAUAGGUUCUCAUUUCCCAAAAGAAUGUCAUGCGGUUCUUUAAUUGAAAAAACUCUUUUCCGAUCGUUUCAGUGGUUGUUAGACGUCAGCAUUCUUGCAAAACAUCUGCACCUUAUCGCAUGACUAUAGUAGUCUGAAAUCUGGAAAAAACAAGUCCGUUUGCUUAAUUGAAAAACUGCCAAACAGCCGAGUCAUUGCUUACACUACCUUUUUUGCGUGGUUUAUGAGCAGUUCUUCUCAAAGGCUAAUAAUAUUUGGGCACCAAUCACAUUCUGGUUUUUUCUCUUUUUCCUUCUUUCCUCACAUACAUUUUUUGUCUUGACCCGACCUCGACCAAAUCUUUCCCAAUUGCUGUGCUACUUUUGCCUUUCUGUACAAAAAAGAUGAUGACAAAUUCAUUGUUUGACUGCGUGUCUAAACUGGACUUUAAAUAAGCCGCAAUUAAAAUAUUGUGUAGUUUUAGUCUCUCUUAGUUUUUCGUCUCAAAGAUCCCCGCCCUUGUGACGAGAUUCUAAAAAAAAGUUCGCGCUUCACAGAAUCUUCCGCACUAAGGGUUGCGCCUGAUAAUGAAGUCACAUAAAAUUUUAGCGAAAAAGAGCAUGAUCGCCAAGAUCUUGUCGAGCCGCAACAAAUGGGCCAUCUGCGACCGUACUCUCUACCCGAUCUACUAUCUUCUGCUCAUUCUCGGCCUGAACCAGUCGAUUCGUCCAAAUAACUCUUUCCUGUUCCGCGUCUACAGCUGGCUUGUGUUCUGUCUUUUGGUGAGUAAGGAAAUUAGACUUUAAAUGAGACUUGCCGUUUUAGUUGUUCACCACCAUCAGGAAAUUCAAUCAGAUUGGUGUGAGACCAAACGGAACUCGCGAAAGUGUCGAGGAAUUCUUCGCCAACCCGAGAUCUUUGAUCACCCUUUGCAAUGCAUUGAUAAUGUUGAGGUACUACUGAACAUAUGGAGAAUGAUGACAAAAUGAUCUGUUUUAGUGGACUUUUGGCUUCCGGACAACUUUAUACUCUGGGCGGGAAACGCCUGAAGCCACUAAAGGUAUAGGGAAUUGCAAAAUAGGAAGAAGUUAAAGUUCCGGAGUUUUGCUUUCAGAUUCUUUGCCAAUUUUCUUUGAACAUCCGCUCUAAGGAAUCUGAACGCCGCCAAUUCAUUUUCAAUACCUUCCUGGCGGUUAUCAGUGCCGUUCUUGCUCUCAUCAUGGCUGCUACCUAUGCUCGUAAGUUAUAGGCAAAAUAUAAGAUUUACAUUAGCCUCACUGUUUCAGUGUCCAAAUGGGGUUACAUUCUGUACAUUGUCGGAACUCCCAACCUGAGCUCAGAGACCAUUUUCUGUGUUCUCCUUGACUCCUACGCGGUAACUUAACCAACACCUAUUCUUGAACGUUCCGAAUGUUCAGCUCUUUGUCUCUCGCUCUGCUAUUUCCGCCCUCGCCAUUCUGUUCUACCAACAUUGUUCGGUCAUCCGUCGUUCCAUCAAACACAUGAUCAACGACAUGGUCCCGGAAGAACAAGACGAGUGCCCGCUUCCCGAGACCUCCCUCCAAAAGAUUCAUGACUGCCAGAUCAGUUAUCAGCGCAUUUUCAACGGAAAAUCGGUAAUCGAGGAGUACUACUCAUUUGCUUUGUUCUACGCUUACGGAGUUUGCAUUCCAAUCUUCUGCUUCCUGAUGUUUGUCGUCAUGAGUUCUCAAUCGGUUGGUUGUACGCGCAGUCGGUUUCAGACAACUUUUUCAGAACUUGCAGAUCUGCUGGUCCGAGAUUGUUUCAAUCGUCAUUUGGAUCAUCAACGCCAUUCUCGUCCUGUUGUUGUUCAGCAUUCCGGCUUUUAUGAUUCACGAAGAUGUAAUUGCUCUUAACAGAAUCAACGAUAUGAUUAUCUAUUUCAGGGAGAACGUCUGGUUGCCUCGUCGUUCCGCAUGUACCACGAGACAUUCCAUGAGGAGAGGGAUCUGACUGUUCUCGUAAUCUUGCGUUUUCAAGACAUAUUAAAGAAAAGGAUUCAGGCUCAAAUGACUUUCUUCACAUUCCAAAUCCACUCGACCAAACUGACUCUCUCUGCUUGCAACUACUUCUACAUGGACCGCUCUAUUCUUCUUUCGGUAAUUACAAGUAGAACGUUCUCAGAAUUUCAACGUUUUUCCAGUUAUUCUCGGCUAUUCUUACCUAUUUCCUGAUUCUCUGGGAAUUCGACAUUAAAAAUAAGCCGUUGGGCGUCAGUAAUCACACAAUACAUCCCUGA